AUGAGAUCGAGGGUGGCGCUGGAGCCGCUGGCGGAGGAGCCCGGCGGCGGGGAGGAGGAGGCGGCGCGGCGGCGCUCGGGCCUCCACGCGGCGCUGCACCGGUGGGCGCGCCUCCUCUCCGGGGGCGCGGCAGGGGACGACGCCCGACCGGCCGCCGACCUGCGCGGGCUCCUCUCCGUGCUUGCCUGCCCGCUCUCCCCCGUGCCCCUCCUCCCGCGCCUUCCCCGCCACGUGGCGUCGUCGGCGCAGUACAUCAUCGAGCAGUUCAGAGCCACGACGGGGUGCGGGAAGCUCGAGGACGGCGCCGUCAAGAGCAUGUACGCGUCCGGCCGGGUGCGCCUCUCCAUGCUGCAGGAGCCCGGCGGCGGCGGGGGAUCAGGCGUCAUCGGCAGCGGCGGCGGGCGCGGCCACGAGGGGAGCUUCGUGCUGUGGCAGCUCGCGCCCAGCAUGUGGCUCCUCGAGAUGUCCGUGGCCGGGCAGAGCGUCGCCGCGGGCAGCGACGGCCGCGUCGCCUGGCGCCGCACGCCCUGGCUCGGCGCCCACGCCGCGCGCGGCGGCUCCCGCCCGCUCCGACGCGCGCUCCAGGGCCUGGACCCUGUGACGAUCGCGUCCAUCUUCUCGACGGCCGAGCACGCCGGCGAGAAGGAGGUGGACGGCGAGGACUGCUUCGUGCUGCGCCUGGACGUGGGCCCCUCGGUGCUGUCGAGCUGGAGCGACGGCACCGCGGAGACCACCAUCGCGUCGGCCGUGUCGGACUACCGCGCCGUGGACGGCGGCGUGGCCGUCGCGCACGCGGGCACGUCCACGGCGCACCUCGCCCGGUUCGGCGUCGGCGUCCGCGCCGCGCGCGUGGUGGCGCGGAUGGAGGAGUCGUGGACCAUCGACGACGUGGCGUUCAACGUGCCGGGGCUCGGCCCGGACGCCUUCAUACCGCCGGAGGAGGUCAGGAGGAGCCGGUCCUACGGCGCCGCCAUCGGCGGUGGCAAGUGA